AUGCUCUAUCUUUUCGCCAACGUCAACUUCAAGCCCGGUCAAUAUAACAACUGGCAAGCAGCAUACGACAAGCGCGAAAGUCUAUACACCACGCAAUUCGACUUCCCCGUCAUGAUACAGUUCCUCACUGACGCCUGCCGGCCAUGUCCACCGACUUCGACCUGCAGCACUACAAAGCCAUCGGAGGCAGCCUGGACAUCCCCAGCGACAGCUGACAGCGCGGCAUCAUGCACGACACACUGA